AUGACUGAAGGGACAGGCAAAGUGGCGCCCUCACCACCUAUCGAAGAUGUCUCGGUCACUCAGAAGAUGUUAUCAGCGACUGCUGGGAGUCUCUUGACUUCACUACUGGUAACCCCUCUUGAUGUUGUUCGUGUCCGUCUACAAUCGCAAACACACUCUCCCAGAAUGACUGCGGUGCAAGGUCUGCCUACGCCUUCAGCAGUGCAAUUCAAUAAUCUACCCUCAAACAUAGGAAUCUCGACCUGCUGUCGAGAAGUAUUCUGGAUGGGAAACAACGCUGAGUUCUGCGUAGCUGGACCGACAGUGGCCCCGAAUACUCCUGGCGUCGCAUGUGCCGCUGAGGAGGUGCGGUCGAAACACUUUACGAGCACCUUUGAGGGCUUGACGAAGAUUGCUAGGAAUGAGGGACCGACCACAUUAUGGCGCGGAUUGUCACCAACUCUCGCAAUGGCCAUUCCUGCAAACGUUAUAUAUUUUGCUGGAUAUGACUGGUUGCGAACAUCACCACAGUCACCCAUCAAUCAUCGUAUACCGGACAUGUACGCGCCUCUGGUUGCAGGGUCUACUGCUCGUAUACUGGCAGCGAUCGUGGUGAAUCCUAUCGAGAUGUUCAGGACUCGGAUGCAAGCUGCAACGCACGUCAAGACAUCUGCUGGAUACUUUCGCGAAACGAUGCAUAAUAUGAGGAGCAUGGUCGCAAAAGAAGGCCCAACGAGUUUAUGGAGAGGCCUUACUUUAACCCUAUGGCGAGAUGUGCCCUUCUCUGCAUUCUAUUGGUGGGGCUAUGAAACUGGACGAAACGCUCUAACCGACAUACGAGGGCGCGCUCAAGCAAAAGCCGACGGACGUGACUUUAUCAGAGGCUCUGGCGACGCUAGAGUACGGCGGAGGAGCGAGUCCAGAGGGCACCAGAAUCACAGCACCACACUUGUAGACAGUUUUAUCGCUGGUGGCACUUCUGGUGCGAUUGCUGCUUUCGUAACAACCCCUUUCGAUGUCGGCAAGACACGUCAACAGGUUUACAAGCAUUCAACUGAAGACGCAUCAGCUGCGGCAAGUUCAUCGGCAUCGAAGUUUGUCCGACCCGAGGAGCGAUCUAUGCCACGAUUUCUGCUGCACAUAUUCCAGGAACAGGGCCUCUCGGGCUUGUUCAGGGGCUGGGCGGCGAGAUGUCUCAAGGUUGCGCCUGCGUGUGCGAUCAUGAUAAGUAGCUACGAGGUUGGCAAGAAAAUGGCCAACAAGGUCAACGAGCGUCGACACGACGACUGA